GUUUUUUCACCACAGAUAGUUGCCAUUAUUGUGACAUGUUUUGUGAUUAUAAUUUAUGAACCAGCAUUUGAGAAUUAUGACAGAUGUUUUCAAAGAAUGAAUAUAAACUUUGGAUUUUUCUUGUGUUUAUUUAUACCAAUUUUAAUAUUUCAUAACGAUCCAGAAAAUAAUAGCGAUCAAGAAUUUAAUUCUUUAAAGUUCAGGAUUUUACUCUGGGCAGGAUUUUUUUCUUCUUUUUACGUUUUUCCCAUUGAUGAAGAAUGUUUCGAUACAGCAAUAUAUUUUGCACAACAAGGAUUUAAGAUUUUCCAGGCAUUAAGGAUAUUUUUUUUUAAUUUAUUAUUAAUAUAUGGCUUUCUUGAGGGUUCUGUUUCUGUCUUUUUUAUGGCAGAUAUCUUACAUGCAAAAAAAAGCUUUUCACUGACUCUUAUUGAGAUUACUUCAGUGGUAAUAAUAAUAAUGUAUUUUUUUGACUUGUACGAACGUAUGACUGAAAUAUUAUAUCACUGGAUCCUGAUGAUUGUUACAGAGUGUUUUUUUCUCUCGUCUAUCGACAAGGUGAUAACUACUCUUAGAAAUUCAUUUUUAUAA